GGGACAGAUUCUUCUGGAAAUACCGACCAGCUUCGGCAUUUUGCUGCCGGUAAACCUCCUAAAAUGAGAGAUAAGAGGAUUUAACAGAGACUAACGGACCCGUCGGGCUUGAAAAAGCUGGUCCCAGGAAGUCUCCCUCUCUCUCUCUCUCUCUCUCUCUCUCUGUGCCAGUCUCCACCAUGCUCUCUCGACCACUAAUACUGAAUGAGAGUGACGACCAGGGGCGGGGCCUGGGAGCUGCGACCUCGCCUCCCGUUCUUCCAUUGGUUGAUGAGGGUGACGAUGACGUGGAGGCACAGUCGGGAGUUUUCUCUCCUCCUGCGCCUCCUUGGAGCUCCUCCUCCUCUUCACCUCUUCCUCCCUGUGACUCCUCUUCCUCCUCUGCUCCUUGUUUAAUUUCUCCUCCUGUUGCUCCUCCUUUCACUUGUCUCCCUCCCCCCCUGCCUGCUCUCUGUCCUCCUCAUCCCAUGUCCCUCCCCUCUUCUCCUCCUUCUUCUUUGUCUUCUCCUUCUCUUCCGCCUCCAUCUGUCUCUUCUGCUCCUUUUAUUUCACCUUCUCCUCCAGUUUCACCUCCUCUUCCUGUAGCUCCUUGUCUUCUUUCUUCUGCUCCUUCUUCCACACCUACUCCUAUUCCUCCUCCACCUUCUUCCUCUUCUACUCCAACCUUCACCCUUACUGUCCCUUUAUCUCCUCCUUUCCUCGAUUCCUCUCCCCCUGUUUCCUCUGCUCCUGGUCCUCUCCCUCCUCUUCUUCAUCAUCAGUCUUCUUGUCUUGUUUCUCCUCCUCCUGCAUCCUCUGUCUUUUCACCUCCUCCUCUCUCAGCUCACAUUCCUCCACCUGUUUCUCCACUGCUUCAUCCUAACCCUGUAGCUUCUUCUUCUAUCCCCUCUCCUCCUGCUCCUCCCCCUCCCCCCCAGUGUCCCUGCUCCUCCCUCCUGCCUCGCCUCCUCUCGGCUCACCGGUUGGAGGUGCGACGUCUCCUGCGAGGAGCUCUGGCUUCUCUCGGCCGUCGUCUGGACUCUCUGGAGAGGAGGAGCAGGAGGAAGAGGAGGAAGAAAAGGGGGAGCGGGCAGAGAGGAAGAGGAGCAGCCUGGUCUCCGUCUUUGGCUGCCUCCUCCUCCUCUACCUCUUCCUGUAGCCCCGCCCUCAUCCAACCUGUCUUCUACGCUUCUUCAUCAUCAGACAGUGAGGACUCAUCCACACCUCCUCUUCCCUCCUGUUUCACCUCCUCUUCCCUCCAGUCAGAGCAGGGGAAGAAGAGGAGCCAAGGUGAUGAGGAGGCGAGGGGGAGAAAGAGGAGGAGGAUGAAUGUAGGAGAAGAGUUUGUUUUUCCAGAAAACAGAGAAGAUGUAGAAGAAGAGGAGGAUCCUGGGAGGUUUAUUGGGCAGAUGGCUGUUUCCUUCAGGAGAGGAGGAGCAGAGAAGGAGGCGCCGCUGAUGCUGCACAGCUUCAACCAGAGGAAAGACAGAAGGAGAGAGGUGGAAGGAACCGGCCAAUCAGAGAAGGCCGUCAGUGUCGUUAGGCGGAAUGGUUACAGAGCGCCCCUACUGCAACACAGCUCCUCUUCCCAGGAUGCCUUGCUCCUCCUCCAGUCAGCUCAGAGUGUUCGGACCUACGACCAAUCAGAAGCCUCCCUCUGUGUUUCAUCCAGCCAAUGGUGUUUCUCUGACUUCACCCCUCCCUUUUCACUGUCCGCCAACCAGAGUGCUCUCCGUCUCUGGCUGCGCUCCUCCUCUUUGUUUAGCCCCGCCUCCAUUCUCCGGCUGUCAGCGGUUGCCAUGGAGACAGUGUCAGAGUCAGUGAGGGGCGGGGCAUGCAGGAGCCCCCUGCGACCUCUGAAAGACUGGACUGCCCCGCCCAGUCUGAGCAGCGAUCACUGUUAUGUGCGAACAUCUGUACCAAGACCAACUUGUUCCACCUGGCGACAACAGAAGCAACGGGCCAAUCACAGCCCUCGGGGCCUUCACCUACCUCGGCAACGGCCCCUGCCCCUUCCCCCGUGUUCAGCCAAUGGACUGUCUGCACCAUUCCCUUCCAGCCAAUCAGCAGUCGGCUCUGAGUUUCUCAGCACAAAUGGAGAGCACAGUAAACGAGUCUCACAGAUUCGAAUCCGCCGGGCGUCACCACGGGAAACGCCACUCACACCGAUGGGAUUGCCAAAGGUCAAAAGGUUAAAGAAGAAAGAGUUCAGUUUAGAGGAAAUUUACACCAAUAAGAACUACAAAUCCCCCACUGCCAACAGGAGUCUGGAGACAAUCUUUGAGGAGCCGAGAGAGAAGGAUGGAGCGCUGCUCCUGAUUGGCCAGCAGAGGAGACGCAGGCUCCUCCUCUUCCCUGACUUCACUCAGCCCAGGAAGAGGAAGAGACCUCAGGGGGUGGGGCUUCCUUUUGCCAUGGGGCCCAGGAAGCGGGCAGCGGCUCGGCGCCAUUGCCAUAGCAACGGUGAUGAUGACGUAGACCUGGAUGUGAUGUUGGUGGAGCGACUGAGCGCCCUUGAAGACUUCCUGACACGGCAGGGUCUUGAUGUCUGAGCCAUGACAUCACUUCCGGUCAGCUGACUAAAAGCCAAAUAAAUAUGAGCUGCUAGCACACCUGCUAACCACUGCGUUACCUGGUGACAUCAUCAACAUCAUUAAGUUGGUCAAAUGUAGCAGACUUUUUUCUUUUGCUGUGUUAAUGGUUUGUUGUUUGUGAUUUUUACAGUGUAGACUGUUUAAAGUGUGAAUUCUCUGGAAUAUUUAAUAUUUUAAUAGUUUCUUUUUUUACUGUGUGGAUGAUGUCAGGUGACCUGUUAAGAGGCCACGCCUCCUGCAGGGAACAGGUGGUUCAAUUUUUAUCUAUUUAUUUUUUAUUUUUAGCCAAAACACAGACACACUUCAGUAAAGCUGUGGACGCACGGUUCAGUGCCGCGCCGCAGACUCACUCACAAAGAUUUUUAAAGUGUAAUUUAUAUUUCUGCUGAAAAUGUUUCUAUUUUUGGAACAAAUAAAGUUUGUUUCCGCUA